AUGGGCUUGGUGAGCACGGCUUUCUCCCCCGACGCGCUCCUCAAGCUGCGCUACGGCAACCUGGGCAUCUGCCACACGCGCUACUCCACCACUGGCAUGUCGGAGCUGCAGAACUGCCAACCCUUCGUGGUGGACACGCUGCACGGACAAAUAGCGGUGGCGCACAACGGAGAGCUGGUCAACGCGCACGCCCUGCGGAAAAAGGUGAUGCGUCACGGCGUUGGUCUUUCCACCAGCUCGGACAGCGAACUCAUCACCCAGCUGCUGGCCUUCACUCCGCCCUUGGAGGAGCAGGACUCGCCCAACUGGGUGGCCAGGAUUAAAAAUCUGAUGACGGAGACGCCGACGUCGUACUCGCUGCUGGUGAUGUUCAAAGACGUCAUUUACGCCGUGCGGGACCCCUACGGGAACCGACCCCUGUGCAUCGGGCGUGUGGUCCCCAUCUCCAAACUGCACAAUUUGGGUGGCGGCGAGGCGGACACCGAAGGCUGGGUCGUGUCCUCCGAGUCCUGCAGCUUCCAGUCCAUCGGCGCCAAGUAUCACAGGGAGGUCCUCCCGGGAGAGAUAGUCCAGAUAUCCCGACACGGAGUCAAGUCUUUGAGCGUGGUGCCCCGUCGCCAGGGGGAUCUCCCUGCCUUCUGCAUCUUUGAAUACGUUUACUUUGCCAGACCCGACUCCAUUUUCGAAGGACAAAUGGUCUAUACUGUCAGACAGCGCUGCGGGCGACAGUUGGCCAUCGAGGCGCCCACCAACGCGGACGUGGUGAGCACCGUACCGGAGUCUGCCACGCCCGCCGCACUGGGUUAUGCCCAGCAGUCUGGCCUGCCCUACAUUGAAGUUUUAUGCAAGAACCGCUACGUCGGGAGAACCUUCAUCCAGCCCAACACCCGCCUGAGGCAGUUGGGCGUCGCCAAGAAGUUCGGCGCCUUGACGGACAACUUCGCCGGCAAGCGGGUGGUGCUGAUCGAUGACUCCAUCGUCAGGGGCAACACCAUCUCACCCAUCAUUAAACUACUGAAGGAGGCGGGGGCGACCGAGGUCCACAUCAGAGUGGCUUCUCCUCCCAUCAAGUUCCCCUGUUACAUGGGAAUCAACAUUCCCACCAAAGAGGAACUCAUUGCCAACAAGCCGGAGUUCCAAGACAUCGCCGGUUACAUCGGCGCCGACAGCGUGCAGUACCUGACCGUCGAAGGGCUGGUGACGGCGGUCCAGAAGGGAAUCGCCUCCCUGCAGGGCGGCGAGGUGAUCGACUCCACUUACAAGUCGGGCGGGAGGGUCGGGCACUGCACCGCGUGUCUGACCGGCCAGUACCCGGUGGAACUGGAGUGGUAA